AUGACUGCCGCUCCUCUCAGCUUCCUUGGCCAGCGCGGCUCGCGCCUGAAGGUUGCGAUGGUCGUGUUGGUGGUGAUGCCCAGUUUCUUGCUGUUUGGAUACAAUAACGGGUCUACCGGAGGAAUUACUGAACUUCCAACGUUUGUCUCUCAAUUCCCGGCUUUGGACACAGUGAACACAACCGGUGCGCAAGCAUCGCAUAACGCAGUCAUACUUGGUGUCGUUACGGCCUCCUACGACCUCGGCGCAGUCUGUGGAGCCCUUUCGUGUAUCGCAUUCGGUGACAAGAUCGGUCGCCGCCGAUCUAUCUUCUGCGGGUUGGUACUCUCAGUGGUCGCUUUGGCCAUCGAGUCAUCCGCAUUUGCUCUGUCACAGUUUAUCAUUGGACGGCUCUUGGUCGGGGGCGCCAUUGGUAUGAUUUCUGCCAGCAUCCCUGUAUGGCAGACGGAGUGCUCCACCACAGCGCACAGAGGAGCGUUCGUUAUUAUGGAAGGCAUUUUUAUUAGUGCAGGGGUUUCACUACCAAAUUGGGUCAACUUUGGCUUCUUUUCAGCAUGGUCGAACUCCGCCCAAUGGCGCUCCACUAUCGUCCUGCCGGUCGUGUUUUCUUUCUUCGCCAUGGCCUUUUUGUUCUUCAUGCCAGAGAGUCCCCGAUGGCUUGCGCGAAAGGGCAGAAUGAAUGAAUCUCGAGCAGUACUGGCUGCAUUGAUGGAUCAGCCAACUGAUAGCCACGAGGUGAAUGCCGAGAUGAAUCAUAUUCACGCACAACUCGAGGCCACCCGGGGCAGUUUCAAGCUCUUCUUCAAAGGCAGCAACCAGCGCUAUUUACAUCGCACCAUUAUUGCUGGUAUCGCGCAAAGCAUGACACAAUGGUGUGGCUGCUCUGCACUCAUCUUCUACACCUCAACGGUGUUCAGUGGUUUGGGCUUCACAGGCACUCCCGUCCGCUUGCUUAGCGCAGGCCUAGUGACCUCCUUUACUCUUUCAGCAUGCAUUCCUUUAUUUACAGUGGACCGUGUUGGAAGGCGUGUUCUCUUCAUGGUCAGUGCCGGGGGCAUGGCCAUUUCGAUGGCCGUUUUGGCCGGCACCAGCGGCAAGAUGAACAUGGCCCCGGGAUUCCUUGGUCUGCCCUUUUUAUACGCGGGCGAAAUUGCGACUAUUCGGAUGCGCGCCCCGAUUGUGGCUGUCGCUGUGACAGGACAGUGGCUGGGCCAGUUUGUUGUGGGCCAGAUUACGCCACCGGGAACUACGAACCUGAAGAACCGUUACUGGAUUAUUUAUGCCGUUCUCAACGCUGUCUUUGUACCAAUCGUCUAUUUCUUCUUUCCAGAGACAAGCGGAAGAUCUCUGGAAGAGAUUGAUGAUAUCUUCCAGCGGUCGAACACAUGGAAUCUGGUCAGGAAUGCUGCAUCCAUGCCGAAGGAUAGGGAUCUUGACGCCGCUGAUCUGGAGAAGAAGUAUGCCCUUGACUCUAUGACACCAGACAAGGAAAGCUCCAUUGAUGAGGUUGAAAAUGCGGGUGUCUGA